CCGGGAGGCGUCCAAUGGAUGCCUUCGACUCCUAUAUAAGGAGGCCAGACCCUCCAAGCAAAGGGACUUCUUCUCUCCCUUCCCUCACUUUACCACUUAUGGUUCUCUCUCUAAACCCUAUCUCUCUCUACAUUUCUCUCUACACUCUAUCAUAUAUCCUAUUCUAACUUGGGCGUCGGAGUGUAGAUCACGGGGGCCGCCCCCGACUCUCCACAGGUUUCUUCCACUCCCGAGGAGAUCAGACGAGGGAGUCCGGAUCAAGGUUCCACACUAAUCACCCGGCACUAAUCCGGGUCAAACA